UAGUAUCGCGAGAGCCGCCGCCGCCACCGCUGUUAUUUGGCCGUUACUAUUGCCAUAACCGUCGUGGGCAACGCGAGUGGUACGCGCGCGGUCGUUUCUCAUUCGUGUCACGAAAAAUCUGGCGUUUAAAAAAAAUUAUAAAAUACUCGGUGGUCGAUUAUUAUUAAUUAUAAACUGAGAAGAAUUAAUUAAAUAAUAUUUUAAAACACAUAUAGGUGCAUAAUACAUAUUAUUAUUAUCCGGAAUAAUAAUGUUCGAUUCAAAGAGCGAGCCGCUCGUCCGGCUGUGCCCUUGUUGCCGUUCGUUGGCAGACGAGUAAUUUGUAUUGUAUUUUUCUGUUAUAACUAUUCAAACGUAAUAUUAUAUUAAUGUUCAUUCCUUGGGGCAAGUUUCGCGUAAAAUCCACAUGACGUCGUGAUAUUACAAUAGCAUCAAUACAGUCACCGAAACCGUCCUAACGCAUUACCGGCCGUUCGUUCAGAAAUAAAACUACUCUUGCACCGGUAUCUUAUCAGUGCGCAUGAUAAACCGUCGUGGAUAAACAUACAGUUUAUAUAUAUAUAUAUAUUGGUAUUUAAAGUUAAACGUAUAUAUAUAUAUAUAUUUUAUAUAAUACAAUUUUCAAGUGCAACGUAGAUUAUCUACCUCUACGCCUACCUGCGGGCUGCGCCUAUCCACCGGUCGUCGAUAUCCGUUGCAAGAAAAAUUGUAUACCUGUAUGCACGUUACGUUUUGAACGGCGGCAACACAAGUGGUUAACACUUACCUGUAAUAACCGUUGGCUUUUCAACAUGUCGGCCCCAAGACAGGAGAACCAAUCCCUUAUAAAAUCAUUACUGAGAAGGAAAAAAGAAUCAGCUUUGGUAGUUGAACCAAAACUUAGACGAGAACUUAGUUUGUUUGACUUAGUGUCAUUGGGAGUUGGAUCUACAUUAGGCCUCGGUGCUUAUGUUUUAGCUGGAGAAGUAUCUAAAUUACAUACAGGGCCUGCUGUAAUAUUGUCGUUUGCGUUUGCUGCUGCGGCCUCUGCUCUAUCGGGAUUAUGCUAUGCUGAAUUUGCUAGCCGUGUUCCAAAAGCUGGUUCAGCAUAUGCAUUUAGUUAUGUUGGCGUUGGAGAAUUGGUAGCUUUUCUUAUUGGAUGGGAUUUGAUUUUAGAGUAUAGCAUUGGUUGUGCAAGUGUAGCAAGAGCUUUGAGUGGUCAUAUAGAUAAGCCAUUUGGUUAUCCGAUGAAAACUUAUCUUAGUACAAAUUUUCCUAUUCAUGUUAGCUUUUUGGCUCCAUACCCAGAUGUACUUUCUUUUUGUGCCAUUCUCAUAUUAACAGUAUUAAUCGCCUGGGGAAUACGCGAAUCAUCAAUGCUCAACAAAAUUUUUACUGUUGUAAAUUUAUUAACAGUAAUCAUAGUUGUUAUAACUGGAAUUUUUCUUGCUGAUUUAAAUAAUUGGAAAAUAAGAAAAGAAGAUAUCCCAGAAGAUGCUAAUGGUGGCGAAGGAGGAUUUUUGCCUUUUGGUUGGGCCGGUGUAUUUACAGGAGCUGCGACGUGCUUUUAUGGAUUUGUAGGAUUUGAUGUUGUUGCUACGACUGGAGAGGAAGCCAAAAAACCUAGAAGAGAUAUCCCAUUCUCAAUUGUUAUUUCACUAGUGAUCAUUACCUUUUCAUACUGCAGUUUAGCUAUGGUGUUGACACUUAUGUGGCCAUAUUAUGAUCAGGACAUAGAUGCACCUUUUAUACACAUUUAUCAAAAAUUACAUUGGACUGUGUUACAAUGGAUAGUUACUGUUGGCGCUGUGUUUGCUUUAUUUACAAACAUGAUAGGUACACUGUAUCCAUUACCGAGAGUAAUGUAUGCUAUGGCGUCUGAUGGCUUGAUGUUCAAAUUGUUUUCUAAAAUCAACCCGAAGACAAAAACACCGGUUUGGGGUACAGUUGUUAGCGGACUUUUUGCUGCUACAAUUUCUAGCUUGUUUGAUUUGCAACAAUUAAUGAACAUGAUGUCUAUCGGCACGUUGAUGGCUUACACAUUGGUGUGCUUUUGUGUUUUGAUCUUGAGAUAUACAGACGAGAUGUCCGACUUCAUCAAAGUCAAAGAUGAUGGAAAUAUAUGCACAUCUCCGUUUACUAUAUUUUCAAUUUGUGCUAAUCUGACAAAUGCCGAAACACCGACUAAGAGGACAGAGCGGGUGUCUGUUGCUAUCAUAAUACUUUUCGUAUUGGUAUCCAUAUGUUUUACGAGCACCAUUACUUUGGUACAACAAUUAGGCGAAUUCUCCAACAUUUCAUACAUGGCGAUUAUUAUGAUGGGAAUUUGUUUAGUAGUGCUAGUAUGCUUCCUAGCACGUCAACCACAAUCUAGCAAUCGUCCAAUAUUUGUGGUACCGUUAGUACCACUCCUGCCAUGCUUGAGUAUCAUUCUAAACGUGUAUUUGAUGACAAAAUUGGAUGCGUUAACAUGGGUGAGAUUGGCGUUAUGGCUGGUGGCCGGUUUAUCGAUCUACAUAGGCUACGGUUUUCAUCACAGCGUUGAGCGUUUAAAUACUGCGAAUAAUCCGCUUAGCCGCACAACAUCAGCCGAAAUGCCUAUGACUGUCAAAACUUAGCGAGCGCAUCUUCAUCAUCUUCAGCGUCGGUUCCCACGUCGCUCACAAAUGACAAUGGCAAUUGUAAAAAAAAAAUUGUUUUAUUUUAAGUGACUGCUUCAUUAGAGAGCCAUAUUGGCUUCCUACGAAUCUCGAAAACUUACCAAAGUCAUGUGUGGCUAUAGAGUAAGUGUGCGCUUGUCAUGGUUAACAUGACAAAAAAUAUUGAAAAAGAUAGCUUUAAAUCUAUUUAACGUGAUUAUGUUUAGUUUAUUAGAUUAUUUAUUGUCCCUAAAUACGUUUGUAGAAUAAUCAAAUGUCUUUUUUUCAUUUGUAAUAAACGCCUAGAAAAAUGCAUCUUAGUAUACUUAUACAUGAGUAAACGAUUAUUGAAAAUAUAUUAAAUAUAUACCUA